CACAACAGCACGCAUCAAGAUCAUUUCCAUCGGACCAUGUUCGCCGACGAUGAGUUCGCGGCGCGAUGCUGUGUCUGUGGUACGUCCCUGGAGGACGACUCGAACGUCCUGAACACGACGAUGAAGAUGCGCAUCUCCAAGUGUGGCCAUCGCUAUUGCGAUCGGUGCGUGAAGCUCGAGUUCCAGAAUCACCGGGAAAUCACAUGCGCCAAGCCUGGAUGCGGGAAACUCGUCAAGAAAUCGCAGCUCCAGGACAAGACAAAGGAAGAGCAGGACUUUAACAAAGACGUGACGAUCCGCAAGAAAGUGCUCAAGACGUACAACAAGACCGGAGAAGAUUUCAAUUCGCUGGACGAAUACAAUGCUUAUCUGGAGGCCGUCGAGGAUUUGAGUACGUCCAUCAACAUGUCUUGCUGCUUUGUAGAUCCGUGUUUCUGCAUGGCGACGUUCAUGAACAUCCAUGUAGUCUUUGACCUGCUGAGCGAAGACGACGCGGUGAAGGACGCCGCAAAUGCCAAAUGGAAGCAGUACAAACAAGAAAACACCCUAUUGAUCAACGCCAACGAAGCGAAGAAGGCAGAAGAAGAGCGCCGGAUUCUCCACGUCAUCGAAGAACAGCGCCGGGUGACGGACGACCGCCGCCGCGUCCAGCAGCAGGAAGAUAACAAGUUCCAGCUCGACGUCCAGCGACAAAAGGCGCAGCUCAUGGAGGUGGCCUUGGGAGAACGAGAUGAGAAAGACGUCGAGAAGAUUGUGAACCCCACGACAGCGAUCCCCAUCGACCAACCGCUGAGUGCAGAAAUGGAAGCCGCCAUGAUGGGCUUCCAGCCGGGGUUCUUUGGCGGAGGACCGCAACCCGUGCCGGUCCAUGGCGGGAAGAAAGGGCAUGGCGCGGCUGACUCGAAACAAUUGCGCGCCUUGCAACAGCGCGCAGGCGGGUACGAUCCCCAGACGUCCACGAACCGCAACGUGGAGGAGGCGUGGUCUGGCGUGUUCAUCAAGCUAGGCAUCUCUCAUUGAAGCAUGUCGGGAUACCAUCCAUCGUCCAUUCUUAUCAGGUUUUCGAACCGUAACUGUCAAAAAGGGAUUUCCGGAUACACCAG